AUGGCUAGCCCUGAUAAUCUUGGAACAAGAAAAAUCAAGCAAAGGAUAAAGCCAAUCAGUGCAAAGAAUCAGAUAAAACCUAUACAAUCCUUUUUUGGCUGGCAAACUGCAUUCAAGAAUCAACCUGAAUCUAAAAAGAAAAGGAAGAAGACUCAAAGUAUAUUGGGUUUGACAUUUAGACAAUCUGAAAUCAUACCAUCAACUGUUCUUUUUAGAGCCCAUCAACAGACUAUACCUGCUGGAGCGACCGGUUUUGCGCCGCUGGCGUUGAAUGGGUUGGAUCAGAACUUAAAGAAAAAUAGUUGGAGUGACCAGUUUUGUGUCGCAGGUGAUGAAUGGGUUGGAUCAGAAAUUCAAGAAGGUGUUGAAGCGACCAGUUUUGCUUCGCUGAGCUUUGCUUGUUUGGUUUGGAAUACUAGCAGAAAACGGAAGAAGAGGUUGAUCAGCAAUCAUUUGCGCUGGAUGUAUCAAAGAAACAAGAAAAGGAAGGGAUUGAUCUUACAUCAUUACAUGUUGAAAAGUCUUGAUUUCAGUUGGACUUUCACAAGAAAGAUCAGAGCUGAAGUAGUUUUAAAUCUCUUGAAGAAACAGGACAGAAAAAGGGAGACUGGUGCCUACCGCUACUUAGUAUUGGACGCCCAGAAUCUCGAUCGGCUGAUCAAGCAACUACAUGUUUACUGA